AAAAUAAAAAUAUUUUUAUUAGAAUAUUUAUGGAUCAAGCUACAUAAGAUUUAUAAGAAAAUUGGAUAGAGGUAAAUUAUUAUCAUAAAUUAAUAAGUAAGUCGAAACAUUCGAAGAAUUAACCUUAAGCAAAGAUUUAUUGAGAGGCAUCUUCUCAUAUGGUUUUGAAAGACCAUCAGCCAUCUAACAAAAGGCCAUUAAACCAAUCAUCCUAGGAAAAGAUGUAUUAGCAUAAGCUUAAUCAGGUAAAUACUCUAAUUUUAUUAUAUUUUAUAGGAACUGGAAAGACAGGUACAUUUACUAUAGGUGCUUUACAAAGAAUAGACCCAAAUUAAAGAAAAACAUAAGUCAUCAUAUUGGCACCAGUUAGAGAAUUAGCAAAGCAAAUUUAUGAUGUUGUCAAAGGAAUAGGAUAAUAUUUAAAUAUAGAAGCCUUUUGUUGUAUUGGUGGAACAUCAACUUAAGAAACUAGAGAAAAAUGUAAAUAAGGUGUACACAUCAUCAUUGCUACACCAGGUAGAUUGAUUGAUAUGAUGAAAAACAAAUAUUUGGAUGCCACUUUCAUGAAAUUAUUAGUAGUUGAUGAAGCUGAUUAGAUGUUAGAUUAAGGAUUUAGUGAUAAUUUUGCUGAAAUUCUUAAAAUGGUACCAGGAGAUAUCUAAAUUGGUAUAUUUUAAUCAUAUAUUCUUCAUAGCAUUAUUUAGUGCAACAUUCCCAUAAGAAAUUAUUGAAUUAAGUAAAUAAUUUUUGAGAGAAGGAACAGCAAAGAUUUUAGUCAAAAAAGAAUAAUUGACUUUGGAAGGUAUUAGAUAAUUCUACAUUGCCAUUUAAUAAGAAGACCAAAAAUUCAAAGUUUUGGUUGAAUUAUAUAAGAAUCUUACAGUUUCAUAAUCAAUAUUAUUUUGCAAUUCUAAAAAAACAGUUGAUGAUCUCUAUGAUAAAUUGACAACAGAAGGUUUUACUGUUAGUAAAAUCCAUAGUCAAAUGGAAUAAAAAGAGAGAGAAUAAGUAAAUUAAUUAUAUAUCAUUUUAGGUUAUGUAAGAAUUCAAAAAAGGAGCUGCAAGAAUUCUAGUUUCUACAGAUCUUAUGGGAAGAGGUAUUGAUGUUUAAUAAUUAUCUUUGGUCAUCAAUUAUGAAUUCCCAAGAUUAAAAGAAUAAUAUAUUCAUAGGUAUCAUAAAUAUAAAAUAUAUUUUUUAGAGUUGGAAGAGCUGGUAGAUAUGGUAGAAAGGGAGUUGCUAUCAAUAUGGUUGCUUAAUAAGAAGCUAAUCUUUUAUUAGAAGUUGAAAAAUAUUACAACACUAAAAUUGAUGAAAUGCCCAAAGAUUUGGCUGAAGUAGAAAAAGAAUUAAGUUGAAAAAUCAGUAUAUGUAAAAAUAAGAGUAUAUUUAUAUUAAAUUAAAC